AACAAAGCGAACUCCCAAAACCAAAACCAACAAUAACAAUUUUAAGACCCGCGCUUUCUCAGUUUCUAUUCGCAGUCGCCCCGCCCUUUUCCAGCUCUGCGCUCUCCUCUCUUAUAUUUUCUCUUCUCCUCGCCCAAAUCAAAAUAAAAAUAAAUUAAAAGGAAAACAGAUUAAAAUUAAAGUUAAAAUGAAGCGCGUUUUCGAGGAAAUCUCAGACGAAGAAUGGGAGAACCACUCUUUCAAGCCUUCUCGUGUUUUGAAGAAAAACCCUAAUCCUCCUCCAAUUGAGUCUUUCGCUUUCAAUUCCCAAACUCAGGCUAGCUUUUCCGACCAAAGCAGCGAUGAUUGUGUCGAAAUCGAACAUUUGGCUGAUGAUUCCAACUUGGAAGACGACGUUGAGCCCGAGGAUGCCGGGCCGAUCAACCGUGCGCGUCGAUUCGUCGUUGAUGAAGACGAUGACGACGAAGAAGAUGGUGAUGGAAGAGACAGCAAUGAGAAUGGUUUUGAGGACCUGUAUGACGUUGAGUCGAGUGAAGAGGAGCAAUUGCAAGAGGAUGACGUGGUGGGGAAGGCGCUGCAGAAGUGUGCGAAAAUAUCUGCGGAGCUACGGAAGGAGCUGUAUGGGAGUUCCGGUGCUUCUUGCGAGCGAUACGCCGAAGUAGAAGCUUCUUCAGUGAGAAUCGUUACACAGAAUGAUAUUGAUGCAGCAUGUGCAGUGGUGGACCCGGAAUUUCAGCCAGUUCUCAAGCCAUAUCAACUGGUUGGUGUAAAUUUUCUUCUUCUGUUGCAUCGUAAGGGCAUUGGUGGAGCUAUAUUGGCAGAUGAGAUGGGUCUUGGGAAAACCAUUCAGGCUAUUACAUAUCUGACUUUGCUGAAACAUCUGAAAAAUGAUCCUGGUCCUCAUUUAAUAGUUUGUCCUGCCUCACUUUUGGAAAACUGGGAAAGAGAACUUAAGAAGUGGUGCCCCUCAUUUUCUGUACUUCAGUAUCAUGGUGCUGGCCGAGCAUCUUAUUCAAAAGAGUUGAGUUAUUUGUCCAAAGCUGGAUUGCCACCUUCAUUUAAUGUUCUUCUUGUGUGUUAUUCACUUUUUGAAAGACACAGUGUGCAGCAGAAGGAUGACCGUAAAAUUCUGAAACGAUGGAAAUGGAGCUGCGUGCUAAUGGAUGAGGCCCAUGCUUUGAAGGACAAGAACAGCUACAGGUGGAAAAAUCUAAUGUCAGUUGCUCGAAAUGCAAAGCAGCGUCUUAUGCUAACAGGCACACCACUGCAAAAUGAUUUACAUGAGCUGUGGUCUUUGCUAGAGUUCAUGAUGCCCGACCUUUUUGCCACUGAGGAUGUAGAUCUGAAGAAGCUACUAAAUGCAGAAGAUAGGGAGCUAAUUGGUCGUAUGAAGUCCAUCUUGGGACCAUUCAUCUUGAGGCGUUUGAAAUCAGAUGUGAUGCAGCAGCUUGUCCCAAAGAUACAGCGGGUUGAGUAUGUGAUUAUGGAAAAGCAUCAAGAAAAUGCUUAUAGGGAAGCUAUAGAAGAGUAUCGCACAAUUUCGCGAGCACGCAUUGCAAAGUUAUCAGAGCCUGACUUGAAUAAUAUCAUUGGGAUUAUUCCUCGACGUCAGAUCUCUAACUAUUUUGUUCAGUUUCGCAAGAUUGCAAAUCAUCCAUUAUUAGUGAGGCGAAUAUAUGAUGAUGAUGAUGUUGGUCGCUUCGCUAAAAGGUUACAUUCGAUUGGUGUUUUUGAAUGUACCUUGGACAGAGUAGUUGAGGAAUUAAAGAAUUACAGUGACUUUUCCAUUCAUCAGCUUUUACUUCGUUAUGGAAUUACUGGUGGUAAAGGAACUCUUUCUGAUGAACAUGUUAUGCUUUCUGCUAAAUGCCAGGCAUUAGCAGAGCUUCUCCCUUCACUCAAGAGAAGUGGGCACCGUGUUCUGAUUUUUAGCCAGUGGACAUCAAUGCUUGAUAUCUUAGAGUGGACUUUAGAUGUGAUUGGGGUUACAUAUAGACGGCUUGAUGGAAGCACUCAGGUGACCGAUAGGCAGACUAUAGUUGACGAUUUCAAUAAUGACACUUCUAUAUUUGCGUGCUUGUUGUCCACGAGAGCUGGAGGGCAAGGUUUGAACUUAACAGGAGCUGAUACUGUAGUUAUUCAUGACAUGGAUUUUAAUCCACAGAUAGACCGACAGGCUGAAGAUCGCUGCCAUCGAAUUGGCCAAACAAGGCCAGUUACCAUAUACAGGCUGGUUACGAAAGGUACAGUUGAUGAGAAUGUUUAUGAGAUUGCAAAAAGGAAGUUGACUCUUGAUGCAGCGGUGCUAGAGUCUGGAUUGGAUGUAGGCAAUGAAGAUAACACAUCUGAGAAAACAAUGGGGCAGAUAUUAUCAUCCCUACUUAUGAGCUAGAACAAGAGUAUGUGAUAAAUUUUGGGGUUUUUUUUUUUUCCAGAUUCUUUAUACUUAUGUUGCACCCAUUGUUGUAUCAGCUAUGUUGAUCGUAAUAGUUAGGGUCACUUGGGGGGGAGGGGGAGGGGGGAAUGAACCUUCAAAUUGUUAGGGUAUGUCUUGCAUGGGUAAUAAUCAACACCGAACUCUCAACAUCAAUGUACCAGCAUAUCAUUGAGAACUAUGAAGAGGAAGGGACCGGUAUCUUUUGGUGGCUGUAGAGUUCAAGUUUCAAAUACCUAUCUGCCGAAUCGUCUCUUUUUGUUCUUUUUUCUUUUCAACAUGAAGAGCAUAGUAAUUGAUUAUGAUCUUAUACUAUAUCUGCCAUAGCAAAGAACAUUAGUAUCAUUAUGUCGAAAUGUCAAAACUUAAAGAGAAUGAUAGUUAAUUUUAAUGGUACGUUUGUGUA